ACUCCCGGCGAGCGGCGGUGCUGGCCCCGCGGUCCGACAUGUCCCAGGCGCCCGCAGUCAGCAGUGUCCCGCAGACGGGCGCGCCGAGCGGCGACCGCGGGCUCCCGCAGGCCGAGGUAGGCGGCGGGCGCCGUGCGCUCCCGGGCCCGGCGCGGCCGGAGGAGAUCCGGGGAGGCCCGAUGGCGGCGGCCCGGGAAGGCCCCGCAGCCCCGGGGGCGGCGGCCAGGGGGGGCCGGGCGGCGGCGGCCCGGGGCGGCCCCGCGGCGGCGGCGGCCCGGGAAGCCCGGAUGGCGGAGGUGGCCCGGCUGCUGGGCGAGCCUCUGGAGGAGGACGCGCCCGAGGGCAGGCCCCGGUCCAGGGCGGGCGGGCUGGCGGCGCUGCCGUACCUGCGCCUCCGCCACCCCCUCAGCGUCUUGGGCAUCAAUUACCAGCAGUUCCUGCGCCACUACCUGGAGAACUACCCGAUCGCCCCGGGCCGGAUCCAGGAGCUGGAGGAGCGCCGGCGGCGCUUCGUGGAGGCCUGCAGAGCCCGAGAGGCCGCCUUCGACAUAGAGUACCUGCGCAACCCGCAGAGGGUGGAUUUUGACAUUCUAACGUUUACCAUAGCCCUGACUGCGUCGGAGGUGAUCAAUCCUCUCAUAGAGGAGCUGGGUUGCGAUAAAUUCAUCAGCAGAGAGUGAGGAGGCCCCGGCACCAAGAAGACCUCGGCAUCCAAGUCAAACCCCAUCCUGCAACUUGGUUCUCGGAAGUCAAGAGGAUCUUGAGAAUAAGGCAGUGCAUUCGUUGGAGGGGGAAAGGCGACAGAAGAUCGGGGGAGGGGGGGAUUGUCCAAAGCAUCGUUAGACUCCUGUAACGUUUCUUGAGUUGAUGAUUGGUUGAGAGUUCUUGUGUUACGGAAGACGCCCAUCCACGGGGCUUCGUGAAUGAGUCAAGGAUGGUUUUGCAAAAAUUUUGAGACUUAAAAUUGCCAGUGGUAGCCCACGAUGGAAGAAGAUCAGCAUGAAGAGUUUAAACUGCCUUUAGGACCCAGUUCCUGUCAAGAACUUGACCUUUGCAGAGCUCGCCUUCUCCUCAUGUCAGAGUCAACGGGAGUGUGGAGUAUGUAAGACUGAUUUUGUGUUUCUGGGACGUUGGGAAUGGCAAGCAUCAUAAAUGUUGUAUAUAGUAUGUGAUAAAUGGUGUUUUAAACGAUAUCAAAUAUCUGGAAUUCUGUUAUCCAUUUCCCAAAGUUGUUUUUGUAAGUCAUUAUUCAUAAGCCCCAAGAAUAUGAAGCCUGGAGGAUUUUGUCCUUCCUCCCUGUCUCCAUACCUAAUGCUUCCCAUGACGGCAGUUUCCUUCCUAAUUUCAUUAUGUAUACACAAUGUUUUUUAUUUAUUUAUUUUUUGUUUGUUUGUUUCUUUCAAAGUUGACAUAUUUUGGUUUACAUAUUGUGAUUUCAUGAAGAAAACAUCUUGAAGGACCUUCCGGACCAGUAUACUUACUCCUUAAAGCUGUAUUUCUUGGCAUUGUGUGGUUAGGCUGUAAUGCUGAUGGCGGGUUGGGCUGUUUGGAACCCUUUUCUCCUGGCAGUAUAAAAGCCCCCUCUGAUAGGUCGUCUGUGAAUACCACCUGGCUCUGCAUUGGAUCUGAACAAAAUGCAUUUUUCGUGUUUGCCACCUCAAGUUGGAAUCCGUCUUAUGCUUGAUGGUGUUACAAAUCAUUUUUUUUUUUCUUUUUCCUUUAAGUUUCCAUAAAACUGAUGGUGCAUCUCA